ACGGCUACAACAAAAAACGGUAACAUCCCAACGGUCGAAAAAAUUUCAAAUUUAAUUUCUUAACCCAAACCCACCUUCUUCAUCUUCCUCUCUGCGCCCUUUUUCUCUCUUCAGUCCUCUCUGAGUCAGUUUGCCACUGAACUCUCUUUCACUGUACUCAAAUACAACCAAAUACCCAGGAAGAGAGAAACUAUCUUUAAUUAUUAUUUCAUUAAUUUGUUGUUAAAGACGACAAUGUUGCAAGAAAUGUGGAAUGGUCCUCCUGGUUUUAGACCAACAAAAUCUGCACCAACUUCACCCGCGAAGCCGCUUGGCGUGUCGAGAACUCGCUCUGAAUCAUUUCAUGCUGUUCAUAAAGUUCCCGUUGGUGAUACUCCUUAUGUCAGAGCCAAAAAUGUUCAAUUAGUUGAUAAGGAUCCGGAGAAGGCGAUUCCAUUGUUCUGGGCAGCAAUAAAUGCUGGAGAUAGAGUUGAUAGUGCUUUGAAAGAUAUGGCAAUUGUCAUGAAACAGCAGAAUAGGGCUGAAGAAGCAAUUGAAGCUAUUAAAUCGCUGCGGAUUAGAUGUUCGGAUCAAGCACAAGAAUCUCUUGAUAACAUUCUCUUGGAUCUUUACAAGAGAUGUGGUAGAUUGGAUGAUCAAAUAUCAUUGUUGAAACAUAAGCUGUUCUUGAUUCAACAAGGGCUUGCUUUCAAUGGUAAACGCACGAAAACUGCUCGGUCUCAAGGGAAGAAAUUUCAGGUCUCUGUGGAGCAAGAAGCAACUCGUUUACUGGGGAACUUGGGAUGGGCAUUAAUGCAGCAAAGCAAUUAUGUAGAAGCAGAAGAUGCAUACAGAAGAGCACUUUCUAUAGCAGCAGAUAAUAACAAGAUGUGCAAUCUUGGUAUAUGUCUGAUGAAGCAAGGCCGAAUUUCGGAGGCCAAAGACACAUUGCGAAGAGUGAAACCGGCAGUUUCUGAUGGACCAAGAGGUGUAGAUUCCCACCUCAAAGCAUAUGAAAGAGCACAACAAAUGCUAAGGGAUCUUGAAUCCGAAUUGAUGAACAAAGGAGUAGACCAGAUCGAACAAAGUAGACUCUUCGACGCGUUUCUUGGUUCGUCGUCGAUCUGGCAGCCUCAGCCUUGCAAAGAUCAUAACAUACUCUCAACAACGAAUUCAAGCAAGUCGUUGUUGCCGGAUGAUUUCGCCGAUGAGAACAUGGAUUCGAAUAUCAUACCGUAUCAGGCAGUUUCUUCUCAGAGUAAAUCUAUCAAACAGUUACAGUUUGCUCCUUUUGUGAACUAUCUGAAUGUGGAUGCACCUCCAUUCAUUUCAACAAAGCUUGUAAAAGAGCCAAGUGGGAAUCAUCAGUUCAAUGAGACACUUAAAAGAACAAGAUCAGGCAAUGCUGCUAGUUUGAUUCGAAAGAACGAAAUGGGGCUGCUGCUGCCCGAAAAACCCGAAACCAAGUCAAGAAGACUUUCUGAUGAAUCAAAGAACACAUUAUCUGAAUUGUUGCCAAACAAUAAAGAUUUUGAAGAUGCCAUUCUUACAGCAGUUUUGGGUCCAACACAUGAAGCAGGAACCGGGGCGAAACCUGUUCCGGUUUUUCAGAGCAAGAUCGAAAAGAGGCUUAAGGUUUUUCAAGACAUCACUCUGUCUCUCAGUCCAAGAGCUUAAUUUAAUUAGCUUAAGUUAACUAAUUGAAAGUUCAUUUUAAAUUGACAUAAAUCCUAGGUUGGAGAUGAACUUGUUCUCCUUGACCCAGUUGAAGUCGUAGUAGCAUGCUAGAUUUGUUUACACAAGCACAUCAUUUCAAUUUAUUUGUAUUAUGUAAGCCUCUUGAAUAAGGCAUCAUCAUCAUCUAGUUAUUGCUUCUUUUUACGCAUUCGAUUCAAUAGAUAACAAUCAUAACAAGUUUGAAAUA